AAUUUAAAAUUAAGAAAAAUCUUAAAUAAUACUUUUGUCUGUAUCAUGCACAUAUUGAUAAAUUAGGGUUUCCAUCGGCGGCCGUUUUGGCGUAGAAGAAAGCUCCCAAGAAAACAAUCACGCCAUUCUCAAACACCAUCACUAUCUCCCUAUUUGAUUAUAAUUUACAAGCUAACUUUUCUAUUCAAAGAAAUGGGUGAUUUAGCAGCUCUCACACCAAGUGUUUGUCAAAAUGCCUCAACCAAACUCAUUUCUUCUUCUAGCUAUUUCAUUCCCACCAAGCUCAAAUUCUCGAACCCCAAUUCAUUUCCCUUGUUUUUCUACUCGAAAUUGCCUUCAAGAUUGGAUUUUUCGACCCGGGCAUUGCCUACAUUUGGUGGUUCUAGAAAAUUUAGCAGUGAAAUUAAUGCUGUUGUUGGUAAAGAAAGUGAUUCAAAAAAUGGGGUGGUGUUUGAUUUGUCGAAAGUGGGGAAGCGGACCGAUAUCAAGAAGAUUAUGAUUUUGGGUGCUGGACCUAUUGUUAUUGGGCAAGCUUGUGAGUUUGAUUAUUCAGGUACUCAGGCUUGUAAGGCACUUAGAGAGGAGGGGUAUGAGGUUAUUCUGGUGAAUUCUAAUCCGGCUACUAUUAUGACUGACCCCGAGACUGCGAAUAGGACCUACAUUGAGCCUAUGACUCCUGAACUAGUUGAGCAGGUGUUGGAGAAGGAGAGGCCUGAUGCUUUGUUGCCUACUAUGGGUGGACAGACUGCGCUUAAUCUUGCAGUGGCGUUGGCUGAAAGUGGUGCACUUGAGAAGUAUGGUGUUGAGUUAAUUGGAGCGAAGCUUGAUGCUAUUAAGAAGGCUGAAGAUAGAGAUUUGUUUAAGAAAGCUAUGAAGAGUAUUGGACUUAAGACUCCUCCUUCUGGAAUUGGGACGACAUUGGAGGAGUGUUUCGAAAUUGCAAAUUCGAUUGGAGAGUUUCCUUUGAUUAUACGGCCUGCUUUUACGUUGGGUGGAAGUGGAGGUGGAAUUGCAUAUAACAAGGAUGAGUUUGAGGCGAUAUGUAAGUCGGGUCUUGCAGCUAGUGUGACUUCACAGGUUUUGGUGGAGAAGUCUUUGUUGGGUUGGAAAGAAUAUGAGCUAGAGGUUAUGCGAGACUUGGCGGAUAAUGUGGUUAUAAUUUGUUCAAUUGAGAAUAUUGAUGCAAUGGGAGUUCACACGGGGGACUCAAUAACUGUAGCUCCAGCACAAACAUUGACGGAUAAGGAGUAUCAACGUCUUAGAGAUUAUUCUAUUGCUAUUAUAAGGGAGAUCGGAGUCGAAUGCGGUGGUUCUAACGUUCAGUUUGCCAUUAACCCUGCUAAUGGAGAAGUCAUGGUGAUUGAAAUGAAUCCUCGAGUUUCUAGGUCAUCAGCAUUGGCCUCCAAAGCUACUGGUUUUCCUAUAGCGAAAAUGGCUGCAAAGUUGUCUGUUGGUUAUUCAUUGGAUCAGAUUCCUAAUGACAUCACAAAGAAGACACCAGCUAGUUUUGAACCUAGUAUAGAUUACGUUGUGACCAAGAUACCGAGGUUUGCUUUCGAGAAAUUUCCAGGUUCUCAGCCAAUAUUGACAACUCAGAUGAAGUCGGUUGGUGAAUCCAUGGCUGUAGGCCGCACAUUCCAGGAAUCCUUUCAGAAAGCAGUCCGGUCACUGGAAUGUGGCUACUCUGGGUGGGGCUGUGCUCAAAUCAAGGAGCUGAAUUGGGACUGGGACCAGCUUAAGUACAGCCUUCGAGUACCAAAUCCGGAUCGAAUUCAUUCCAUAUAUGCUGCAAUGAAAAAGGGAAUGAAGGUGGAUGACAUUCAUGAGCUAACUUUUGUUGACAAAUGGUUUCUCACUCAACUCAAGGAACUGGUGGAUGUUGAGCAAUACCUUGUGGAUAAAAAAUUGUUUGAGUUGACAAAGGAUGAGCUCUACGAAGUCAAAAAAAGAGGUUUUAGUGACAAGCAGAUAGCUUUUGUUACAAAGUCCUCUGAAAAAGAAGUUCGCUUGAAACGGCUAUCUUUAGGUGUUUUACCAGUGUAUAAGCGAGUUGAUACAUGUGCCGCAGAAUUUGAAGCUGAUACUCCGUACAUGUACUCCUCUUAUGACUAUGAAUGUGAAUCAGCUCCGACCAUGAAGAAAAAGGUUCUAAUAUUAGGUGGCGGACCAAAUCGAAUCGGUCAGGGAAUUGAAUUUGACUACUGCUGCUGCCAUGCAUCUUUCGCUCUUCAGGAUGCAGGCUACGAGACUAUUAUGAUGAACUCAAAUCCUGAGACAGUCUCUACUGAUUAUGAUACAAGUGAUCGUCUUUAUUUUGAACCACUGACAAUAGAAGAUGUUCUUAACGUCAUAGAGUUGGAACGACCGGAAGGCAUUAUUGUGCAAUUUGGUGGUCAAACCCCGCUAAAACUGGCUCUCCCAAUUCAGCGGUAUUUAGAUGAGUUCAAACCUAAAUGUGCCAGUGGUGGAUAUGUUCGCAUUUGGGGAACUUCCCCCGAUUCGAUUGAUGCUGCCGAGGACAGGGAGAGAUUCAAUGCAAUGCUAAAUGAGCUAAAGAUCGAGCAACCCCAAGGAGGCAUUGCUAAGAGUGAAGCUGAUGCUAUUUCCAUAGCAUCAAACAUAGGAUACCCGGUUGUUGUCAGGCCUUCCUAUGUCUUGGGUGGCCGUGGAAUGGAGAUCGUUUACAAUGAUAAUAAGUUGGUUAUCUACCUUGCAAAUGCUGUUGAGGUGGACCCAGAGCACCCUGUCCUGAUUGAUAAAUAUCUAUCUGAUGCUAUUGAGAUUGAUGUUGAUGCCCUUGCUGAUUCCCAUGGUAAUGUGGUAAUAGGAGGGAUAAUGGAGCACAUUGAACAGGCUGGAAUCCAUUCUGGUGAUUCUGCUUGCAUGAUACCGACUCAGACCAUUAAAGCUUCAUGCUUGGAAACUAUCAGGUCAUGGACUAAGAAAUUGGCUAAGAGACUGAAUGUUUGUGGGCUCAUGAAUUGUCAGUACGCAAUUACAGCUUCUGGGGAGGUGUUUUUGCUUGAGGCAAAUCCACGGGCAUCCCGUACAGUCCCUUUCGUGUCCAAAGCUAUUGGACACCCAUUGGCUAAAUAUGCCUCUCUUGUGAUGUCAGGAAAGUCUCUUCAAGACCUAGGUUUCACUACAGAGGUAAUCCCUCGACAUGUAUCUGUGAAGGAAGCUGUUUUGCCCUUCGAAAAAUUCCAAGGCUGUGAUGUAUUUCUAGGUCCUGAAAUGCAUAGCACUGGUGAAGUGAUGGGUAUAUCAUAUGAGUUUUCUAUAGCAUUUGCCAAAGCCCAACUAGCUGCUGGGCAGAAGCUACCACUUUCCGGCAAAGUGUUCCUCAGCUUAAGUGAUUUGACCAAGUCACAUCUUUCUACAAUUGCCCGCGCCUUUCUUGACAUCGGGUUCAAAAUUGUUUCAACUUCCGGGACAGCCAACAUUCUUGAAUUAGAUGGAAUCCCAGUGGAAAGAGUUUUAAAAAUUCAUGAAGGCAGACCACAUGCCGGUGAUAUGCUUGCUAAUGGUCAAAUUCAACUGAUGGUGAUCACAAGUUCAGGCGACAACCUUGAAGACAUUGAUGGACGGCAACUGAGAAGAAUGGCACUUGCUUACAAAGUUCCUAUUAUAACAACUGUGGCAGGUGCUUCAGCGACUGUUCAGGCAAUCAAAAGCCUGAAUCGCAACAAAAUUGAAAUGAUUGCUCUGCAAGAUUACUUCUAUAACGGCAAGGAAGACGGCAAGGCGGAAAACCUGCAGACGGUCUCUUCCUCCGGUCAGCUCAGCUAGAGAUCCUUGUCGAUUGGAAUUUAUUAGCUUGGUUUUUUUCUUUUAUCAUCUGCAUCAUUUUUGUAUUGAAUUGUAACAAUCUAUCAGUGUAUUGGAUUGUGGCGAUCGUCAUUCGUUUUAGUUUGUUAAUGACAAUAUGUAACUCAUAGUUCUAAAGAA